AGAAAGAGAGAAAGAAAAAAAAAGAAAGAAAGAAAGAAAAAAAAAAGAUGACAAUUCGCCUAGCCCGUGACGAGGAGCCGGCCGCACCUAGCGCUGCCACCGUUGGCUACAGCCUCAAAGGCCACAAGCUACUCAUGCUGGUGCCUGCACCCUUUCUGCCUCCUCCAGAGUACCUGGAGCAUUUGUCAAGAAGGUUCCCCGGCCUUGAGAUCUUUACCCACGCUAGGGAAUGGGCCGAUGGAAGCGCUCCGGUUCCUUCUGCCGACGGCGGCUGGAGAUGGGAGGACAUUACCAUUCUCAUCACUGGCAGCGCUCUGCCGGACAAGGAACAGGCAGUCAAGCUCCAAUACGUGCAGCUGCUUAGUGCUGGCGCCAACCACAUCCUCAAGCACCCGCUUUUCGCAGAAACUGACAUAACCUUUUGUACUGCGAACGGGGUUCACGGGCCACAGAUUAGCGAAUGGAUCGUCGGCACUCUUCUGUCGUUUGAACAUCAUUUGCCUCCUUUGUGGGAUCAGCAAAAGGAAUCCCUCUGGGACAGAAAAGAUGCUUACCAAAAAGUCACCGAUUCUGUCGGGCGCAGAUUAGGAGUUCUGGGUUAUGGGAGCAUUGGAAGACAGACAGCACGCCUCUGCAAGGCACUGGGAAUGGAUGUCCACGCAUACACCCUCCACCCGCGAAACACGGCCGAGUCACGUCGGGAUACCUCGUACGCGCCUCCAGGAACUGGAGACCCUGAAGGCCUGUUCCCUUCCAAGUGGUUCUCUGGAGGUAGCAAGGAAGACCUGCACCAGUUCCUCUCGUCUGGGCUUGAUGUGCUCGUCAUCUCGACACCACUGACCGACAAGACCACUCAUCUCCUUGGGGCAGAGGAGUUUGAAAUCCUGAGUCAGCGUGGGACUUUUGUUUCUAACAUUGCUCGAGGCCCUAUCAUCGAUACCGAUGCACUCUUAGACGCGCUGAAUACGGGAAAGAUUCGUGGUGCGGCGCUGGACGUGACUGACCCUGAACCACUGCCAAAGGAUCAUGCUUUAUGGAAGGCCAAGAAUGUCAUGAUAACACCUCACGUGAGCGCGGCCUCCAGCUCAUAUGGCAAAAGAAUCCUAAGCAUUCUGGACGGAAAUUUGGAGAGGUUGAGCCAGGGCAAGACACUCAUGAACCGAGUCAGCCGGAAGGACGGCUAUUAGUUUGGAUUGAUAGGAAAAUUAAUGACACAAACUCAGGACCCUGAGAAAAAGACCCUGCAUGUUACUUCCGGUUCCGCUGUGGGGUGACAGAGGAGAAGGAAAACUCGAGAAAACAUCAUCGUGUUCA